AGCCAGCUUGGGAAGAAGGAGGAGGAGAGCGGGGCUCCCGAGUCCUUUCCAGCCCCUCUCUCUCAGAAGGAGACGCAGCCAGAGGAGGAGAUGGCCAGUGGCGCCCAGUUCCCCUUCCCUCCCCAAGGCAAUGGGGCCCUGCCCCGCUACGAGCAGCUGAAGGACGAGCACGACCUGGGGGUGCUGAGCCCCGUCCCGGCCCCCGCUGCCGCCCCCCAAGGCCCCGGGGCCCCCCUGGGCUCCGCCACCGUCAUCCACGUGCCCAGCCCGGUCUUCGUGGCGCCCGCCCGCGACCACCUGCCCUGGUCCCUCUUCAGCACCAUCUACCUCAACUUCUGCUGCCUGGGCUUCAUGGCCCUGGUCUUCUCCGUCAAGGCAAGAGAUCGCAAAAUGCUUGGUGACCACAGUGGAGCAGGGAGCUACGGUUCUACUGCCAAGUGCCUGAACAUCACAGCUCUGCUGCUGAGUCUCCUGUCAGUCAUUGUUCUUAUCAUCCUUGUAACCACAGAGGGUAUUACCAUUGCAUAUUGGCCAUAGUAACCCCUGCUAUACUGGGCUGCAGAGUGGCUUCUUUUCAAAAACUCUUUCACAUCCUUUCCACAUCUUCCUUUGCUUCAUAGUCUUCUACUUGGGUAAUCUCUUAGUGGUUGUUGUUUGGUUUGUUCAGACACUGCUGGGUAAUAUGCCAGAGAGAAAGGCUUGAGAGUCUAGUGUGGCAUAUUCAAUUAUGUCAUUCUUAGCUUUGCCAAGAUGGAGGUGGAGUUGCUUCUGUUUCAUAUGCCAUGACAUGGAGAGAGUGUAUUGCUUCAAGACUUUGCUUUUUCUCAUUCCACAUGGCCCAAGUGCCUCUUCUACACUUUCUACUGACUUUGACCAGCCACAUUUUCUCUUCUGUUGAAUGUAGCCAACCCCAAAAAGCCAUGAUAUGGUUUGGAGAUCACGUAAGAAUCUGCUUUAUUCCAGUCAAAUAAGGGGAUGGAUGGAAUGUAUAGGAGGGCUUUCUAGCUCUUCCACCUUUUUGCAAAAUUCUCCACUUGUCAUGUUUUCCCUAUUUCUUUUGUAGUAAGAGAUGCUUGUAAAACUUGUUUUGAUAACCAUGAAUAGUCUUUAAUACAUUUGUAGGAAAAAAUAA